AUGGCAGGAAACUUCUGGCAAAGUUCCCAUUCUCAACAGUGGAUUUUAGAAAAGCAAGAUCUUCUGAGGGAACGUAACAUCGACUUGAAAGUUCUGUCUGAAGAAGAGUAUCAGAAACUGAUAAUUUUCUUCUCAAAUCUCAUUCAAGUUCUUGGUGAGCAAUUGAAGCUCAAGCAGCAAGUUGUAGCGACUGCGACUGUGUACUUCAAACGCUUCUACGCACGAAACUCAUUGAAGUGCGUCGAUCCGCUUCUUCUAGCACCUACGUGUAUCUUCCUCUCAUCUAAGGUCGAGGAAUUCGGUGUCAUUUCAACCAAUCGUCUGAUCUCGACUUGUCACAGCGUCGUGAAAAACAAGUUCCACUACGCGUUUCAGCAAGAGUAUCCCUACAGGCAAAAUCAUAUUCAAGAGUGCGAGUUUUAUCUCCUCGAGAAUUUGGAUUGCUGUUUGAUUGUAUAUCAACCCUACCGACCGCUGAUCUCAUUCGUUCAAGAUCUUGCACCGGACAACGACCAGCUACUGAGUCUAGGAUGGAAGGUCAUUAACGAUUCCUUACGAACGGAUGUUUCAUUGCUGUACCCACCGUACAUCAUAGCCUUGGGGGCGCUCCACAUCGCGUGCAUCUUGUCCAAUAAAGAAACCGCUAAGCAGUGGUUUGCUGAGUUGAACGUCGAUCUAAAUUCAGUUUUAGAAGUCGUGAGUUGCAUUCUGAACUUGUACGAGUUGUGGAAGGCGUUCGACGAGAAGGACGAAGUCCCAAAAAUCCUCGCCAAAAUUCCGAAGCCAAAAACUCAACCUCCAAAUGAUCAGAAACCAGUUGCCUAA